UUAAAAUAAAGACACAUUACCAAAGCUCUCUUAUCGAAUCCCUUCUCUCUUUCUCCUCCUUCUUCUUCUUCCUUCUCCUUUUCCUCUGCCAUGUCUGAAGACCUAAGAGACUUGUACUACCACCACCCAUUUCAAGAAGAUGAGAGAUCUCACGGCGGCUUUCUCUACUCCAACGCCGGCGCCGGCGCCACCUCUACUAAUAAUAACCCUCAUCACAGUUUUCUUGAUCCUUCUUCGUACAUGAGCUUCACUGACCACUUGAUCGGGGCGACUGAGUUUGGGAGACCCGCUUUCGGGUUCUCGUCACCCCACUCCUCCUCCGCCGCCGACGCCGCGUUUUCCGCCAUGAAAGAUGAGCAGAAACCCUCGUCAAUGAACGCCGGCGAUGGCGGGGGCGGAGGCGGUAGUAAUAAUAUUAAUGCUAAUGAAACCCCGGUUACCCCUAACUCCUCCAUCUCCUCCUCCUCCACUGAAGCUGCCGGCGACGAGGACUCCAACAAGGGCUCCAAGCGAGAUAAGCAAGCCAUGGAUGCUUCAGAAGAUGGAGAAGAUAAGAAAGAGAACAAGGGAAAGAAGAAGGCGGAGAAGAAGCAACGUCAGCCGCGAUUUGCCUUCAUGACAAAGAGUGAAGUCGAUCAUCUUGAAGAUGGAUAUAGAUGGAGAAAAUAUGGACAAAAAGCUGUCAAGAAUAGCCCUUAUCCAAGAAGCUAUUACAGGUGCACAAGUCAAAAAUGUCCGGUCAAGAAACGUGUGGAGAGAUCAUACCAAGACCCUUCCAUUGUUAUCACAACCUACGAGGGCCAACACAACCACCACAUUCCCACCAAUCUCCGGGGAACCAUCGCCGGAAUGCUGCCGCCGUCUCUGCUAACUCCAUCGUCGCCGCUGCUAGGCGGACCUCCGCCGCCCAUCGCUUUUCCCCCGGAGCUGUUGGCCCAAAUGCAGCCGCCCCACCACCUCUUCGCCACCCAUGGCGCAAACCCCUUCGGCGCCGCCGCCUUCCACCAACAAAACCUAGCCCAGUUGCAGCUGCCGCCGGACUUCGGCCUGCUUCAAGAUAUGGUUCCCCCCAUAUUCUUCAAACAAGAGCCAUGAGAGUUGAGACUUUUUCCUCUCUAAAUUUAAUUACACUUUUUUGUUAUCUAUAAUUAUUAUAUAUAUAUCCUUCUUUUAUUAUUCUUUUUUGACUUUCUUUUCUAUUAGAUCUUCUUACAUACUAAUAGUUUGUGAUAUACAGAUGUAAAAUAUAUAUUCCUAAUGCAUGCAUCGCAUAAAUGUACUAUUGUUUUGGAUAAUCACAAUAUCUAAUUACAUGCUUA